AUGACGUCGGGUGAGCAGGACAUCCACGCUCUCCUGACGAAACGAUUUAAGCCCGCCCAUCUCCAAGUGCAAGAUGUAUCGGGCGGCUGCGGGUCUUUCUAUGCGAUUGUGGUGGCCAGCAAGGAGUUCGCAGGGCUGAACACGGUAAAGCAGCACAGGAUGGUCAAUGAAUGUCUCAAGGACAUUAUUGGAGGUAUUCAUGGGCUGCAGGUGAGUGCCGGCGCCACAGAAGAGAAGCGGAGCUCAGAGAGGAUCGCGAGCUGA